AUGGCGGUCCAAGGGGUGGAACAGACCAUCCUUAGGGAUCCAGCUCUGUUUUACUGGAUCCUCUUCCCUAUCACAGUGGUAAUGGUGUUGACUGGAAUUUUGCGCCACUACGCAACUGUCUUCCUCGCAACUCCGGCCAAAAAUGCGUUGACGCCCGCUGAGUCCCGAGAACGCCUGUCGCUCUUGCGCGGUGUCAAUCUACGAAAUAAUGCCUCUGCUGUUCUCACGCCACAAUCGCUUGCGUCUCGCAAAAAUUUUCUUAUUACCUGCUACAAGGAGGGCUUGUUCCUGAAAGACCCAGAGGCACGUGGUGGAGGACCCGUGAACCCCAUGACAGAUCCUGCAGGCAUGGAUGCGAUGAUGGGCAUGAUGAAGGGUAAUAUGGCAAUGAUGAUUCCGCAGACGCUCAUUAUGGGGUGGAUUAAUGCAUUUUUUUCUGGAUUCGUUAUCUUGAAACUGCCUUUCCCUUUGACUAUUCGAUUCAAGUCCAUGUUACAAUCCGGGGUUAUGACUCGUGAUCUUGACGUGAGAUGGGUUUCAAGUUUGUCAUGGUAUUUCCUGAAUUUGUUCGGCCUGCAACCUGUUUUUGGGUUUAUCCUGGGCGGCGAUAACUCUGCGAACCACAUGACCGAACAGAUGUCCCAGAUGAAUCCCAAUGCGACUGCGAAUCCCUUCGGACCUGGCCAGGACCCCGAUAAACUGUUCUUGGCAGAGGCGGAAAACCUCGAAGUCAUGGAACAUUACUGUAUUCUUGAUGGCAUUGAAGAGAGAUUGUUACAGAGAGUUGGAUAG